UCUAAAGGUCUCCAUCCAAAAGUCCAAAGCAUAACUACUCGCUACUCGCUACUUAGUUAACUCCCGCCCGAGUCAACUCGCCUCGCCUGAGUCCCACCCAAAACCUCCGAUCUCCGCCGCAAAACUCUCCGUCUUCCCAUUCCAACAUAAUCCCCUCACUUCACCCCUACCGAGAAAAAAUAUUAAUUUUCUUGUAAAUAAACCAAUUAAAGCAAUGGAGGAGUACCCAGGAGAACUCCGCACUCCGCCGGUAGCUCUAGCAGCUUUGGUCGGAUGCCCGGAGCUUCACUCGCGGAUCACUUCUCACCUCCACGCCGAACAGCCACCAAUCAACGCCCUGGCAUUGCCCGAUUUCUCCAAAAUCACAUUGUUCGCGAGAACUCCCAAAGAAAACGCCGGUCCGGGACGGCCGGUCGAUGGUAUUUUGAAAAGAGACUGGCUUUCCAAGCACCGGACUAAAAUUCCCGCUGUUGUUGCCGCUCUCUUCAGCUCCGACCACAUUUCCGGUGACCCUGCUCAGUGGCUUCAGGUCUGCACCGACCUCGAAAACCUCAAGGGAGUGACUAAAGGAAGGAACAUCAAACUUAUCGUGGUGGUGGUAACCCAGUCAAGCUCUAGAGAUGAGAUUAGCGAAGAUCGAAUGAUUGCUCUUAGGAAGAGGGCUGAAGUAGAUUCAAAGUACAUAAUUACCUUUGUUCCUGAUGAUCCAGGGGAGCUUAAACAAUCCCUAACCAGACUCCGGAGCACAUUGGGGGAACUGGCAAAUACAUAUUACAGAGAGGAAGGGCGGCGAGUUAAAACACGUAUUGAUAGGAAGAGCUCGAUCUCCAUAGAGUUGCACAUCCGCUACUGUUUUAAAGUUGGGGUAUAUGCAGAAUUUCGUAGAGAUUGGGCUGAAGCUUUGAGGCUAUAUGAUGAAGCCUACCAUUCAGUGCGAGAGAUGGUUGGGGCUUCUACAAGAUUGUCUCCAAUUUUACGCUUAGUUGAAAUCAAGACUGUGGCAGAGCAGUUGAAUUUUAAAAUUUCAACUUUGCUCAUGCAUAGUGGAAAAUUAGCAGAAGCAAUUAUAUGGUUCCGCCGCCACACUGAUACUUAUAGGAGGCUUGUGGGAGCACCAGAUGCUAAUUUUCUUCAUUGGGAGUGGUUAAGCAGGCAAUAUUUGGUGUUUGCUGAACUUUUAGAGAGCAGCUCUGCUGCUGUCCAAAACAUUUCAUCUCCAACUUCAGGAACUGCAGAUAAAUUGACUGAAUGGGAAUUCUAUCCAGCUUAUUAUUACCAGUCAGCAGCUCAAUAUUUGAAACAGAAGAGUUCGUGCAAGGAACUUGCAUUAUCAAUGUCAGAAAUUGCUGAUGAGAAGAAUGGAAGUAACGAAUCUGUGAUUGAUUCUGUUUAUGUUGGUCAGUUUGCAAGACUACUUGAGCAUGGUGGGGAGGCAUUCACAAUGCAACCCAGUCUUACUGAUGAAGAGUUUGUCCGCUACUCUCUUGCUGAGGGGAAAAGGUUCCAAGAUUCCUUUGAAAUAAUAGCUCUUCUGAAAAGAUGUUUUGAAGCAUAUAACAAGAAUAAGACCUUGCGGAUGGCCUCCUAUUGUGGGGUCCAGAUGGCGCGGGAAUAUUUCUCAAUAAAUGAAUUUGCUGAUGCAAAACAGAUUUUGGACAAUGUUGCAAAUCUUUAUCGACAGGAGGGUUGGGUAGCUUUGUUGUGGGAGGGUUUAGGCUACCUUCGAGAAUGCUCAAGGAAAACUGGUUCCGUGAAAGAUUUCGUGGAGCAAUCACUUGAAAUGGCUGCACUGCCAGUUUCAAAUACUGAGGAUGCCCAGUUCUUUAAGGACUGUGGCCCAGCUGGGCCUCCAAGCCUUCUCCAGAGAGAAAUGAUACACAAGGAAGUAUUUGGAGUUAUCAGAGGAGAAUCAGAAAUUGCAUUGAAUGAAGAGAAUAACCAUCUUAAAGUAACUGAUUGUCAUCCUCUUUAUCUUGAGAUUGAUCUUGUGAGCCCCCUAAGAGUGGCACUUCUUGCAUCAGUUGCUUUUCAUGAGCAAAUAAUUAAGCCUGGUAGAUCGACCAUGCUCACAGUUUCACUUCUGACACGGUUGCCUCUGAAGUUUGAAAUUGAUCAGUUAGAGAUCCAAUUUAACCAAACCGAAUGUAAUUUCAUUAUUAUAAAUGGCCAGAGGCCCCAGUUAGCUGCAAUCUCCAAUGUACAGCCUGGUCGCAGAGUGGAGAUGGCUCCUGCCCUGGAAAUUGCUACCAACAAAUGGUUGCGGCUGACAUAUGACAUAAAAUCUGAGCAAAGUGGUAAGCUUGAGUGCAUGUAUGUUAUUGCAAGAAUAGGACCACACUUCACCAUCUGUUGCAGAGCAGAGAGUCCUGCUUCAAUGAAUGACUUGCCUCUUUGGAAAUUUGAAAACCGUCUAGAAACUGUACCAAUCAAGGAUCCUGCUCUGGCAUCCUCUGGUCAGAAAGCCAUCCAGGUUGAAGAACCAGAUCCACAAGUCGAUCUGAAAUUAAGUUCUUCUGGCCCUGCAUUAGUUGGGGAGAACUUUGUUGUACCUGUGACUGUUACCUCAAAGGGCCAUUCAGUCCAUUCUGGUGAGUUGAAGAUUAACCUGGUGGAUACAAAAGGGGGAGGCUUGCUUAGUCCCAGGGAUGUGGAACCAUUUUCAACAGAUAAUCUUCAUGUGGAGCUUGUAGGAGUUUCAGGCCAAGAGUGUGAGGACCAAUCCGAUGCUGGUUCUGACAAUAUUCGUAAAAUUCAACCUUCUUUUGGAUUGAUUUCUGUACCAGUUCUCAGUGAAGGAAAGUCAUGGUCCUGCAAGCUGGAAAUUAGAUGGAAUCGCCCCAAACCUGUUAUGCUGUACGUGUCAUUGGGUUACAAUCCUUGUAGUAGUGAAACUAGCUCACAAAAAGUUCAUGUGCACAAAAACUUGGAGAUUGAAGGGAAGACUGCUCUGAUAAUCAACCAUAGGUAUAUGUUGCCUUUUAGGCAGGACCCUCUUUUGCCAUCUAUGAUUAAAGCAACUGGGGAUUUUGAUCUGACACCAAUACUGCCUUUGAAGGAAAAAAGCAUACUUCUUGUUAGUGCAAAGAACUGUUCAGAAGUCCCAUUGCGGUUGCUAUCAAUGUCUAUAGAGUCAGAGACUGAUGGCAGUUGCACUGUAAGACAAAAGACUGAGGACUCCAUGGAACCUGCCCCUAUAGUGCCAGGUGAGGAGUUCAAAAAAAUCUUUUCUGUCAUUCCUGAGGUAAAUCCUGCAAAAUUGAAGAUUGGAACAGUGUGUUUGAGAUGGAGGAGAGAUUCUGGCGACAAAGAACUAUCUGAUUCUUGCACUACAGAAGUUUUGACAAAACAGAGGCUUCCGGAUGUAUAUGUGGAGCAACCCCCAAUAAUUGUGAGUUUAGAGUGUCCUGCACAUGCCAUUCUUGGAGACCCUUUUACAUUUUCCGUUAGAAUUCAUAAUCGAACCCAACUGCUCCAGGAGAUUAAAUACUCACUUACAGAUUCACAAAGUUUUGUGUUGUCUGGGUCUCAUAAUGACACAAUUUUUGUUCUUCCCAAAUCCGAGCAUAUACUGAGUUUCAAGCUUGUUCCUCUGGCCUCGGGUUCACAACAGCUACCUCGAGUUUCUGUAACCUCCGUCAGAUAUAGUGCUGGCUUUCAGCCCUCAAUUGCUUCAUCUUUUGUUUUUGUUUUCCCAUCUAAGCCUCAGUUUAGGCUGAGUGAUACAACAGAUACAAGAUUAGGGUCUGUUGCAGUUUGAUAGAUUCAUGUACUCCUAGUUUGGAAGUCCUCAAUGGAUUAGGUUGAAAUGGGUCUGGAGGUGGUUAUUCAAUCUGUUCAAUAUAAUCAGCCUUGCUCAGAGCAUUCGAGAGAUACGAGAAAAUUUUGCCCGCUUCUGGGUGCACAAGGGAAAAGUUGUGGAAUCAUUAUUGCUUGGGUGUUUUUCCCCCCCUUACGGAUCCCUGAGUUUUUUCAGGAAGUCAAAUUUCUGAUUUCUGGCUGGCCAAUGAUCAUUCUAUCUCUGUGUAUGCUUUGCUGAUGUUUCGAUUUUAUACGAGUAGAAAAUAUACGCAUACUACAGCUAUUUGUUUCCAUCUUAUAUUCUUCAAAAAAACAGACAGAACGGUCUUUUAUUCUUCAA